AUGAAAGAAACUCAAAAUAACAAUAAAGGUACUUCCACCAUCAUCCUAGAGGACAUUCCUGGUGGUGCCACCUCAUUUCUGGCUGCAUCUAAGUUCUGUUAUGGUGUUCAUAUUGAACCUACACCUACAAAUAUAGUUAUGGUGUAUCACGUGUCAGAUUAUCUUGAAAUGACUGAUGAAUAUGGAGAUGACAAAUUAUUCUCAAGAACAGUGACUUACUUCCAUAAAAUAUAUACUAACAACAGGAAGGAUUUCAUGGUUGCUCUUCAAAGUUGUGAAACCAUUGUAACAAAAAGUAGAGUCAUCGUCGCCACGAUGAGGAACAACACUAGUAUUUCUAGUGAAAUUGCAGUGAUCAUAAUGAGUUACGGACGGCGGCACGGUGUUGGUUUCAUUGAGAGUUCUCUCGCAGAAGUAACACAAUGUGUAAUACAAAGCAGUGUGAUCAAUGGCAACGACUGUGCAGAUGGUGGUGGUCCGUUUGUCGACUUCCAUUGCAGUUGUGAAGCCCAAUUACUUUGCAAACAAAUUUUUAGGGUUUAUCGUUUUGAAGCACCGCGAGUUGCAGAAGAUGACAAGAUAAUCAGAUUUUUGCUGGUGUUUAAAAGAAAUAUCUUCUAA